CCCCUCAGUCCUUCCUUCGGUGCAGUCUGCAGCGGUAGAUCCGCGCCUCAAUUGACCCGUGCCUACUUCAUACUUGGCGGCCUGCUCCUGCUUGCCACCGUUGGCUUGGACGAAGACCCGCGGUCUGUUUACCUCCGUCGCCCCUCCAACCCGCCCCAUGCCUUUCAGUCUAUGCGACCGUCCUGAUCAACCCCUCGCCUUCGAACCUCCCUCAUCUAUUCGGCCAUGGAGAAGUUCCUGCGCUCCUGGCGUCAGGAUGCGCUGAAUCGGGGCCAGCAUGAUGCGGCCAUCUACAUCGGCGACAAAGUGUUCGCGCUGACCAACAGCGAUUCCGAUGCCUUCUGGCUUGCACAGGUCCAUUUCUCCAACGACAACUACGCACGCGCCCUGGCCCUGCUGUCGCGGAAAGACCUCAUCUCGAGAAGUACGGCCUGUCGCUAUCUGGCCGGGCACUGUCACAUCAAGCAGAACCAGUUCGACCAGGCGCUCUUGGUCCUGGGCGACCACAAUCCCACCCACCUGAUACGCAGCAGCAACAGCCGCCGCAAACUCCAACACCUCAACGGCCCCAGCCAUGUCACCUUACGGAACGGAAAGAUGACGGCGUCGCGCAUCGACCGGAGCGAGGAGCGGGAGAAGGAAGAUACCCAAAAUAUUCGGUUCGAGGCCGCAAUGUGUUACUUGCGGGGGCUCUGCUUCGCGAAGCAGAAUGCGUUUGACCGCGCCCGCGAUUGCUACAAAGAUGCCGUCCGUAUCGAUGUGCAGUGCUUCGAGGCGUUUGACCAGCUGAUGAAGAACUCCCUGAUGUCGCCCGCCGAGGAACUGGAAUUCCUCGAGUCUCUGGACUUCGACUCGGUGUCCAGUCCCGAUCCAUCGGUGGCGCAGGAAGCCGCCCAUUUUACCAAAAUGCUCUACACCACCCGACUGUCCAAAUACUCCUCUCCGGCGAUCCUUUCGGACGCCACCGAAACAUUGUCAACCCACUACAACCUCGCGGAGAACCCGGAUAUCCUCCUCUCGCGCGCAGAAGCUCUAUAUACCCAAUGCCGGUUUGCCGAAGCCUUAGAACUCACAUCAUCGAUUUUGUCCACCUCGCAAUCCGCAGUAUCAUCGCAGAUGACGCCUGCGGUCCAUAUGCCGGCUCAAAGCCACCUCGGUCAUCCGCCUGCCGUAUACCCCUUGCAUUUGGCGUGCCUGUAUGAGACGGGCGCCACGAAUGCCCUCUUUCUUCUGUCUCAUACACUAGCGGACCAUGCCCCGGAGGAGUCUUAUACAUACCUUGCUAUUGGUGUCUACUAUUUAUCCGUCUCGAAAAUCGCCGAAGCCCGACGCUACUUCUCCAAAGCGUCCCUCCUAGACCCACAUUCGGCGCCAGCAUGGAUUGGCUUUGCUCAUACCUUUGCCGCCGAAGGAGAGCACGAUCAAGCCAUUGCGGCAUAUAGCACUGCCGCGCGGCUGUUCCAGGGCAGUCACCUGCCACAGCUCUUCCUAGGGAUGCAACAUCUCGCACUCAACAACAUGUCCUUGGCCCAUGAAUAUCUGUCAGCAGCCUACGCCAUGUCGACUGGCGCGGCAUCAAGCUCUGCUCCCUCGGUCCGCGCCAAUCCGUCGGAACUCACCUCCUUGGGUGGCGACCCGCUUGUCCUGAACGAGCUGGGAGUGGUUCUGUAUCACCAGAAUCAUCUUGAAGGCGCCGUUGAGUUGUUCCGCCAGUCCCUGACCUUAGCUACAUCGCUGCAGUGCGAGCCUGCGGCCUGGGUUGCGACCAGAGCCAAUUUAGGCCAUGCGCUGCGCCGAAUCGGCCGGUUUGAAGAAUCGCUGGAAGAAUUCGACGAGUGUCUCCGCAUCGGGGCUGCGGGUGCAAGCUUCGGGUAUAGCCCAUUCCUUGGAGGCAGCGGCGGCAAUGCUUCUGGCGUGGCCUCGUCGGGCGUCGGGGGUUAUGAGGAUCGGGGACUGAUCGGGUCCCUGCACACUGCUCGCGGCCUGGUAUUAUUGGAGUUGGAUCGCAUCAUGGAAGCGGUGACGGCCCUGCACGAGGCAGUGCGUGUUCUGGGAGCCAGCGGGGGUGGAGAUGCUGCCGGUGGCGCUGGGAUUGCUGGCACGCUCUUGUCGCGGGCGCUGGAGAUAUGGGCACUGGAGGGCCAGGAGGAGCCGGUACUGCUGGACGAUUCUCGGACCAUUGCGAGUCGCAGUUCGACGCGAUCCUCCAAGGGGAAGGGGCGGGUUUCGCGACGACGAGGCACUGCAGAGGAGACGUACGCCGAAGAGUGGACCGACGAGGUCGCUCAUGUGGAUAGUCAGACCACGGUCACGGAGGAGACAGCGGGGGAGCGGGUAGAGAUGGAACUCGACGAGGAGGCGGAUGGAUUGCUCCGGCAGGCGAUGAGCCGGGUGCGCGGGGGGCGCAGCAAACGGCAGGGACUGACAGAGAUGAGCGAGGGACGCAGCCGGGGGUCGAGGAUGCGAAGCAACGCAAGGCACAGUUAGUGAUUGGGACUUUGGAGCAUAGCAACUGGGCGUUUGGAUAUACCCUGGCCUGGCACGGUUAUAGCAUGGUUCGGUUAUAGCGGCGUAUCAUUGUUCAUCCCUUAGCAUACCAAAUGAGU